CUCCGGAAGAAUUGUCUAGCAUUGUGCAGCCCAACCAAGCAACCGAAAUCUGGCUCAGCUCGCUUGGGCAUAUCCAGGAUAUAAAUGAAGACCAGAACACCCUCCCAGGUCGGAUGUCGCCACGGAGCCAUCAAGCAGGUUUGGUGCUGGAAAGAAAGAAAGAAAAAAGCUUGGGUUUGUCCAUUCGGGGGGAGAGGUCAUGUAUAUAAAUAGAGGUGCUGCGGAUGCAAGCCAUCUGUGACCGAGCGUGUGCAAACACCAUGAAACCCAGCCCUUGCAGCCGCCAUCAUGCUGCCUAAACCAACCGCCGUCCUCCCCCUCCUCCUAUGCCUGGCCGCCGCCGCCCCCCAGCCAGCGACACUGCUGAGGCGGAGCUACACGCGCUCCUGCGACGGCUGCGCCCUGUCCGACACGCACUACCUGCACUGCUACUGCUGGAGCGCCGGCGGCCGCCGCGUCGAGACCGAGAUCGACCUCGACUGGUGCGUCACCAACAGCGGCGGCGAGCUCGCGCCCAAGGCCAACGGCGCCUUCUCCAAAUCAUGCAGCCACGAGCGCUGGGACGAGGGCACCACGAACGUGCUCGUGGCCUACUGCGGCGACGGCCGCGGCGGCGCCAGAGACAGCAAGUUGGAUCUGAAUGACUUCGUCCACAACUCCAACGGCAUUCUCAGCUGCCAUGGCAUCGCCGGCGUCGAGGGGCGGGUGCCGGGUGGCCCCAACUGUCCUCAUCCUCACACCACAUGCUAG